UUUAAGCGAUUAUGCAGCAGUUUUACGCUUCAGGCCAGAACUUUGACCAAAUUCCACAAACCUGUACUGGACGUUUUCUUUUUUAUGGUUGUUGUUUUUUUAUAAGUGGGAUAACUAAAAGUGUCGGCAAAUUAGAUUUCCUACAAAAGUGCCACAUAUCAAUAAAUAGCUAAGAUCACAAGACUAGCAUAUGUCAGCAUUUCCUGUUUACAUCACAUCCACAUUUCAGAAUCAUCUCAAAACUUGUGUUUCCCAUCUAUUUCAGCUACGUUUGUCCAUCAUCUUGCUCUUUUCCUUUAACCAAAUGUCUCCUUUUCAUCUCCGUAUCCUGUCCGCUUUUAACCUCCCUCCAGCCCUUCAUCUCUCUCCUCCUCUUCCUCCUCUUCUCCCUCUCUCUUUACUCCUCAUUUCUUCUAUAUCUGUUCAUCCAUCCAUCAAUCCAGCACCUCCACUCCUCCCACAAUUUUUUCCACUGCCAAUCCUUACACCACCAACCCCCUCUGGCUCAUCUCCCCUUCCUCCAACAUCUGCUCUGAGGUCUGCGUCUGUCACUGCUGACCUCUUGCUGCCACGUGCCAAGUCCUCCCUUCAGUGUCCCACAGAGACCCUAAAUCUUUAACACACAUACACACACACAUACAGACACAAGGACAGCUUGUGAUAGGUGGCCGUCCCUCACUCACAGAUGGGGAGAAAAGCACAUAAAUUUAACCUCUGAUUGCAGACUCUCAUUACAUCGCUGUAUAAUUUGUCCAUUAAAUGUCUUAUAAAAGAGCAAAUCCUUCAAUUAAAGGGGCCUGGACAACAUGUGCCCAGAAUCCCAAAAGAUUUAAGGUUGUUACAUCCAGGCGUUAAUUACAUUACAGAUACAGACGCAUCAGCUGUGACGCUGACUUUAAGGCUUUAGGGUAAACACUCUAGCUAAUUAUAUGCUGAAUAAAAUGAACAAAAUAUGGAAAUUCUCCAACAUUUGGAAACCAGUUCAGACUAAAAAUGAGCUGACCCUGAGUUUAGUUCACACCGAUUAUAAUGAACUAGCCCACAUUCAUUUUUUAGCUGCUUUUUCCAUAAAGCCAAUUUUGGCUAAAUUCUUCACCAUCAAUCAUCAGCAUUUCCUAAACUACAUUGAUUACUAGUAUUUUCCUCUACAAAAUCUAGACUGAUAUUACCAUUAAAGCCAAUCUGAGUGUGUUUUAUCAAUUAAACUCAGGAAAAACUUGUAACAAGCACACAGAUUCAGAGGGCUAAUCUGCUUUGGAAGAAACCAUCAGUGUAAGAACGUUUUCAGGGGUGAAAAACGACCAACUAAUAAACACAGAAAGAAGUUUAUCCAUUCUCAAAGACCACUCAAACCAUCGAAGGUUUAAGUCAGUCAGAAUCUGAUCUGACCCCUUCAAAUGUUGAUGAGAGCUUGCCAUAAACACGGUUGCUUAAGAGUGUACGGCUGAAGCACAGAGCCUCACUCCUGCUUGCAGCAAACAUCCAUGAAUCACAACUUCAGCUGUUCAAUUUACUAUUAAUCAAAAUAUGAGCCAUCUUUGAAGCCUGUUCAGAAAAUUUUAGGCAUGCUUUCAGACCCCUACUACGGCCAGUCACCAGGUUUUGCUACCAGGUCAUGAGCUUUGCCUUCACUUUGGAAGGCUGUGCCGUCCAUGGUUUCACAAGAGAAGCAAAUCAAAAGGGAGCCUUGAGACUGCACCGGUUCUAAAAGCCACCAGGGGGCGACUGCACUGGCUGCUAGAAAACUGCCUGAAUAAACUCUAUGUCAGAAAAACCUCACUCCUCAUGUGAUUAUUACCAUAAUUUAUAUUUUCCUAAUGAUUUAAAGUACACAAUUGAGAGUUUAAGUCCUCUUCACUGCAGCAUGGUGUGCCUUUUGUAAAUAAUGAUUUUUUUUUUCUAAUAGGCUGCCCCUCACCUUAUUGACUAGCUGUCACCAUCUUCAAUCCUGUAAGUCACACAGGGGUAUAGCAAUGCACCCCCACUCCCUUACAAAUGUUGUCACAUCUGGCUCUACUAUAAACAGAUAGUGACACCCAAAUUAUCAGUGUGGUUCAGAAAGCAAAUGCUUACUACACAGUUGACGUAUCCACUUUUUAUCAAUUUAGUAAACGCUACUAGCUGAAGAGUGACAAACUGACUGUAUCUGGAUGGAGUCUGUCUUACUGGUCCAAGGCCAGGGGUUGUCAGUGUCACCUGAAAACUGCAUUAUAAAUUUAGCUUGUGCUCAGGCUGCAGCAAUAAGAACAUUAUUGCCGUAUUGCAAUAUACAGCAGUUUACCACUGGGAUAAAAAAAAAAAAAGAAAACAUGGUCCACAAAUUGCUUCUUGCACACAGCAAUCUCCUCCUGAUAUGCUGUGUGUGCAGCACUGUUUUUAUUGUAUGUAUGAGCAUUUCAUAUCCAGUGAAUUGAGCUCAUCUUUCAUUCCGCUUCUAAAUGCAACAGAAAAUAGGAUCCUACAAACCACCAGGACACAUCCUCACUUCUUUUUUUUUUAUCUGAACCUCACACACCAUGUUUGGGCGCUUAGUUUGCACCGCACAUGGAUGUUGGAAAACUGUGCAAAAUGUUUGCAGGAGAAGUUUUCAGCUGAAUCAACCACCGAUCAAAACCAAGAAAGCAGGUCAGAGUGAAGCAGACAGAUGAUCUGUUUAAGAGACAGAGGUGAUCACUGGAGACAGAUAUAUUUUAUCUACACAGAUGCACACACUAGCUGCUGGAUGGACAAGCAAAUGGAAACUGGCUUUAAGGCAUAUCCUUCACUAUCACACACAAACAGCAGAAUAGAUUCACUUUUAUCUCUCGUCAUGACAGAUAUGAGCAGAAUGUGACCACACAGUCAAGUAAACUGCUGCGAUGAUCGCCAACGGCUGCAGAAAACGUCCAGCUGUUUCACUUUGAACAUUUUGAAAUGAUGUCAUGGACUGAAAUUCUGCAGAAAUUAUGCUCAGCGUGCAUCUUACCCAGAGUUCAGUCUACGGAGACAUGUCUGAAUCCUCUGUGCGUGUGUGUCCAGGUCAGGGCUGAAGGUGAAAGGUCAGACUAAUUCAGGGAUUCCUGUCAAUAAAGCAAACACAUAGAGAGAGAAUCAUGAGGACUGAAACGUUAACAAAGACAAACGUCACACGCAGAACCUUUAUUUUCCUCUGUUCUUUUUCCUCCUCUCCUUUGUGCUGCUGUGCGUUCACAAACUGUGCCACAGAGGGUCAUUCCAUCUGUCAGCUAAAGCAGCACUGUUCCCACCAUCCUGUAGUUUCACAUUUUCCAUUUACCGCUUGUCUUGUUGAGCUAAGAGACCUUUUACAAAAUGUGGUAUUAGCCUUGUCACACUCUGUGACAUGCAAUGUGUUGUGUUGUCAAACUGCGUGACGACAAUGCUGCCGAGACCCAGAGAAAGGUCUUUUCUUGCUGCCAGGUUUGAUGUGCGUGUUGUUUUCAUCUGUUACACUCGCCUAGUUAACAUUUGUUGUGUUUAUGUGAUGCUCAGAAAACAUAGUGGCGAAAUGCAUCUCAUAGUAGUUCAUAAUUUGUCCUGAUGAUUCAAGGACAGAGCCUGAAGCGCCUUCAUCCAGUGAUACUGACAAGCUGAAGGCUGAAUACUGUUUUUGCUUGUCACCACGCAGACAAAAAAAAAUCACUUUUCAUAUGAGAAAAUCAUGACCAAGAGCUAAAUCCUGACAAAUAAAAAAGAAGUUACAGCUGAUGAUGUUUAAGUUAAAAAAAGACAGGCAUUUCUGUUUCAUUAUCAUUCAUUCCUGUGUUUCCUGUAAACACAGUUUGCAUUCACUGUUUUACAAUCAAAACACAUCAUAUGUAUCUCCGAGGUGAAAUAUCUUCAAAGCUGCUCUCUUUAUUCAAAUCUCGUGUGACUACACCCACGUUCACCAGCUAACAGUGUUCUUCUUUUCUGUCUGUGAUUUCACUUUGCUUCAUUGGUUGGUUGGUGCGUCAGUCUGCGUGGCAUCCAUCCACUUUCAAAAACAUAGCUCUAUACACUGCUAGUGGACAAGAACUCCUCAGGGAACCUCUAAUGUUUAGAGAUAUUUCAUGAUGCAUUCACUGUUAACAAAGAUUUUCAACCUACAUUAACUUUUAACCAAAGGGUCGCUACAUUACACUUGUAUAAAAAGAGUUAAGUGGGUCUUUUUUCAAUGUGACACUAAAAGAUAAUCAGUAAUCAGCAUUCAUGGUCAACAGAUAUCAUUUUUUCAACAGCCCAUGCCAAUAAUGCGCGUAUCACAUUGUUGUUUUAUCUGCCUUUGACAAAAUAGAAAUAUUUAAUUGUACCUAAUAAAAUGUCGCCUCCGCUGAGUGAUGCUGCCACACGUCUUUAAAUUAUAAUUGUGGAACGAUAAUUACAGUACCUUACAAUUUCAUCGGAUAAUGGCAAUAGUGGUCUGCCCAGGGCUGCACUACGCCACUACGCUCCAAACAGGCUUCUAGUGGGCAAUUCUGUCUGACGAAGCUGGGAUGCAACGCUGACGAAAGACUUGGACUCCGAUUUAGGCAUGGACUACACUCUGAUUUGGAAGAUACAGAAAACAAACCAGACUCAUUUACCGGUAAUGACCAGAUUAAUUGACUAUUUUCAUUAUGCCACUUUAUAUGAUUCUAAUACUCUAUCCAGUCUGGGGCAAGUACCAACACGUGUGUUUACCUGCAGCAUGUUCACAAAGAUGUUUAUUCUUAGGAUGCUUACAGGCAGGGCUGCAUGAUAAAUCUAUUAAGUUGAGUUCCUGGCAUUUGUGGUUUUGUAUUACUGGAAAAAAGAAAAUCAGAGCUUUACUCUGUGUGUUGCCCUGCUGCUCACCCUGGCGUCCUGUAGUUACCCAUACAUCCAAAAGAUCCCCAAAAAGUUAGUAAAGAGUAAAACAGUUAAUACUUAAGGGAAACAGUUGAACUCUUUAUAAUUAAUGUACAAUGAGGACUCAACACUGUUUCAGACUCAGGUAACAAAGAUUUCACUCAAGAUUUAGUGACUCGACCACCACACUUAUAAAGACCAAUCAAAAGACUGUGAAACAGGGAAUUAUUUUAAUACUUACUGAGGUGUUUGUUGUUCUAUUUCAUACGCACAGUUUGUUCAUUUAAACCGUGGAACACAUAACCAGAUUAUCAUUAGCCGCACACUCAGACAGCCUGUGUACAACAGCAGGAUGGAUCAGAGCAGGUUAAGUGACACUUGGAGGAGACAGACGGGCCAGAGAGGACCAGAGGAGUUCAGGAAGAGCUGAGUGAUAUCGAGCAGCACUCACAAACAGCCAGCACUUUGUCCGCCCGCAGCAACUUAGCAGCUUAUAGCAGCUCCAUUUCCUGCAGACAGACUGAGAGGAAGCUCCGGCCUGUUACUGUAAUCUACUUUCCUCCAGGAUUAGCUGCCUGCUGCAGGUGUCAAUCUCUGUCCUUCAGUCAGUCUGUCAGUCCAGAUAUGUCUCUACUUCUUAACUCCCUGUCUUAACAACUCAUUCACAGAGCCCGGCUCUCAUGUUAUGCUUGUUUAUAGUCAAGUUAUGCCUGGUUCCAAUAUUUGCAAAAAUAAAGGUGAAAUGUAAAAGUUGUAAUAACUCUUACUUUGAGAUGGUUUUAUUUUGACUAUAGACAAAUGACUUUCCUCUGUACUUAACAAUAUCAGGUCAUAUAUACAGCACCAGUUUAGACCCUCAGAAGGCUUGUCUUGCUGAUUCACAUAGACGAGGACAGAAGAAGUGAGAAUCUGUCUGUGUCACAUAGAAGCAACAAUUAAUGGUCACAGGAGGGAACAAAACAACUAAACUUUGCUGCUGAAAUCAACUUGCUUUGACCAUAAACCUGCUUGCAAGUGCAUAAUAUACCAUAAGUGCACCUUAAAGAUUUUAUUUUAUUUUAUGCCACUGAAUUUGAGUUGAAAAAGAAAAGCAAUUUAGUUAAGCAAAAGUCUCUCUGAUUUUAAAUAUCACUUUGCAGAUCUCUAAGCUACAUUACUUUUUGAGCCAAUCAUAUCACACCGGUGCCUGGUCCACUAAAUCAAUGUUCAGUAAGGAAACAGCUCUGCACUUUAACAGACACACAGAGGAGGCUCUGCAAUGAAUUUGACCUUUUAUUUACAUUUUCCAAGGAAGUAGCUCAGAUAAGUCGCUUUAUGUAUGAACCGACUCACUGUGUUUGACUCUAGUGUGACUGCUGAUAUUUGAGCGCUUGACUCAUGCAGUUGACUGUAAAACAAUCCAGCAGUGUGUGAGAGAAAAAUAAGUUAUGAAACAUUUGAACCUAUGAUUUCAGAACUGUUUUGCAUAUGAACUACAGUGGCUAACAAAGGCAGAGCAUCUGUCAUGGCCCAGACAGUCCCCAUAAUCAGAAAUGGACUCAUUUUAAAACAAAUUUUUGAAGAAAUACAACAAUUAAAAAUACUGCACAUAAGAAAGUGUUGCAUCAAGCCAAAAAACAUUAAAACAUCAACAGCAAGUGCACAGCAAGAGAUAAAUGUGCCCUAGUUUGUGUCUUUGCAGCACAUUUGUAUUUUUUAGACUUUUGUUCUAAGUUCCCACAAUGAGAUCAUUCAGGCAGUUGACGACCAUCCAACCUUGUCAGCCGACAUUGUAAAUACAGUAAUAGCUCGAUAACCACUUUUUCCCCCAAUCAGCAACCUUUAAUGCCAAAUUAUUGGUGCCAGAAGUGCAGAGGACGGCAGGUUUCAAUUGUCCACUUGAGGCUCCAAAAGCCCAGAAGACUUCAUUAACAGCGCUGUAAAAAUGUCUGAUUUACAGCAGAAAUAAACAUGUUUACAGCCUGGAACAAAAAUGGUUUCGAUCCUAAUCGCCCAUUUCUCUAUUCUGACACACUGCACUGAAAGGGGGGGGAUUAUAAUUUAUAUAUGUUUUUAAGACAUGCACAUUGUUAGGCACAGUCAGGGGUAUGGUUGACCAAUGACAGUCAAGCUAUCGCUUCAUAUCACAAAGCUAUGUUGCAAUAAUAUGUUCGUUGAUAAAACUAAAAGACCAGGAUCUCUUAACCUGAGCUAGGGCUGGGCGAUAAACCACAUAUUUACUGAUACUGAAAAUUACGACAAUAACCAACGUCAUUUUGCCCCCAUCGAUAUAUCCGGUGUCAAAAAAAUAAAUAAAUAAAAGUUGGUUUUGGAUGUGUGGUAGGCUAGGUAGGCUAUGGUCUCAUGUCCCUGUAAGACGCUGUCCUACGUCAAAGAUGUGACUCCGCCCCAUCCAGUCCGUAACAAAGAGGGAAAGACAGGUGAGGAGAUGGAGGACGGUUCAAAAGUUGUAGCAGCGGCUUAAGUAGACGUAGUUAAUGUGGGAGGGGGUGAGCAGCUUGUGGAGUAGUUAUCGUCCAUUUUUCGUUAUCGAGGUGAACUGCUCAAUAUAUCGUAAUAUUGAUUUGAGGCCAUAUUGCCCAGCCUUAACAUGAACUGUUUUUGGUUCCAGAAAUAAGAGCUCUGUUGAUUUUGGUUUAACACUUUUAGAAUAUUAGUAUCAUGAGGUUUAGCUAUAGACAAACAGAAGCUUUUAACCUUCAUCAUUUUUGGUUCUCAGAACUUGUUACAGUCCAUUUUAAAAUUUUCUUUUCUUUUGUAGAUUCAAUGUUGGAAUUUAAAACUUUGAUAUGGGUUUCCAUCUUAUUGGAAAAAGAUCAAGGUCCUUUAUUGGAUGAUUGUUUGCAUGAAACCAACUGUCUUCCUCUCCCAAACUUCCAAGUCAGCACCAGCGGAGUGAUGAGAGCAUCAGCAAACAUAAAACCACAGCAAGUGCCGAGUGAUGCGUUGCAGCUUUGUGCUGGCGAAUCAAAAGAAGCCAGAGCUGGCUGUGGAGAGAUGAAAGCUGCUAAAAAAAAACAACAGACUAAAAACUCACUGCAGAAACAGAAAAAGACUCACUCAUUCAGACAGCUUUUCAGCUCUGUGGAGGGCAAAGGUCAAACUGAUCAACAUCUCCCUUUGAAAACAGGCAACCUCAGCUCAUUAUACGCCAACUUCACUGAAAACAUCCUCAUACGCCACAAUGAUCUCAUUCAUGUUGCUAUGACUACUACAGGAAAGCUGAGGAGACACACACACACAUGGAGGCAGACAGGGGAGGAUGUAGGAUGUGAGAUGUAGGCCUACGCAGAAGAGGUCUCCACUUUUACAUGUGAGCAGAAGUGAGGGGGAUACAGAGAGCUGGAAAUAGAAACGGAAUAAUGAGCCUCUUAUCGUCUGCUCUAUCGUUUCCAUCUCUCCUCUGCUUUCCCUCAUUGUUCCAUCUCCCGUCAUCUGUCCUCUCCUUCUCUUCCCCCUGACUGGACCAAAUAUUUCCCCAGGGUCACUCUCUCGUAUGAAAAAGAUAUAUUACACCGGGAGUUUUCGAUUAUGUGAUGGCAGGAAGCUUUUCUUACACAAUAAAAAAAAACUGUUGUCGGAAGGCAGGAUAUUGGAAUAUUUCCUCAUAAAAUAGUUCUGUAUGUCAGCUCAUGGCAUAACUAUCCUGCAAUGAUAUCAGUUCAACUGUUAAAUACAAACGUGUUGAUUUUUAUUUACUGUGCUGCUGUCAAAGGGCUGGACUGUGUGAAUUAAAGAGGAGAGCGGCAGAUUGUGGACUGAAGGAAACAUUAUUGAAAAAUAUUCAGAGGUACUUCAAAUAAAUGGAAGCUUUGCGGUAUAAAUUACUGGAUAUUUUCAUAUCACAACACAUAAGGCUGAAAGGAAAACCAACGCAAUAUUGUGUUUUGUUUUUUUUUCCAAUAUCCUACUUCAGACUGUGAACACAUACAGUGUUCAUUUUAAUAUACAGCCUCUGAUCUGAACUGGUUUAGAUACAUCUGUCAUCACCCAACACACACACACAGAAACACACGGAAACACACACACAGACUCACACCCCUGGGUCUGACCCAGAUCCUCAGCAAUGAAAAACAAAAAUGAAUGAAUGAAUAAAUUAUAGCAUCUCUAUAUUACAUGAACUUGUUGCCCUUUAUAUCUCUUAUGAGGGCUUUUUGCUUGUCCAUUUCUCCUCUAUAAACCUCUUCACACUGUUAUUAAUCCACACACCUGCUCCUGUCUCCUAAUCCUCCACAAGAACAGUUUUCUUCCAACCUCACUCCGUCUCUUUUCUUCCCUCAUGCUCACACAGAAACUACAUUUCACGCUGAGUUGGUUCUGACCAAAGAGCACAAAGUGUUGUCGUGCUGACAAAAUCUCUGCUCUGAGAGUCCUCUUAAAACGCUGCUGGAAUUUCUCUUUUUAUUAUAUGUUACUAUUUUUCCUAAACAUGGUCAAAUAUACAGCAAGGUGUAAAUACUAUAGGGUAGAGGGGGGUAAGUGGAGCCAAAGGUGGUUGAGCCACUCCCUGUUGCUUGAAAAUGGUAAAAGAAAUUGAUCAUGUGACCAAAUAUUUAGGAGAUGGGCAUCAAUUCACGGAGUCUGUGAAGGUUAGAAGCACAUGGGUGAAGGGGUUAGACAUUUAUUUACAAAAAAACAUUUUUCACUCUUGAAAGUGAAUUUCUGAGAAAAGUAAAGGAGUGUGACGAGAGGAUCAGAGUUUCAGUUCAGGUUGUUGAAAUGUGUUACUUUUUCUUUUCAAAAAUACAGCUGUGAAUGUUCUGAAUCACUUAAAGACAUUCUCAUGUUAAAAUGACUUUUUACAAAACAGCUUUGUAGCAGUUAUGUGCAAUAAUAAUAAAAAGAAUUAUUGUACCAGCUGAAUAGUGCAUAAUAGAUGAAAAUACACAUCAAUGUGAAGAAGUGACUGUUAUUUAGAGAGAGAAGAGGUGAGGGAGGGCUGAGGAGGAGAGUUUGGGGGGGUAGUAGGGAUACAGCUCAACUUACCCCGCUCCUAUGGUCAACUUACCCCAUACACGGGGUAAGUUGACCAUAGUAGACCACUCUUUUUUGGCAUGCUAUAUUAUCAAGACAGUUAUGUUUACACUCAUUCUGUUGGUUUGCAGGGAUGCACAACAUCUUGAAAUAUAUGCAGAUACACUAGUUAGAGACAAAACUAUGAUUGCCUUGAUGUAGUGAUCUGAAAUAUGAAAAAUGGCUCAUCUUACCCCACUCUCCCCAACUGAAAGUCUUUACUCCCUGAUAAACCUCCAAUCAGGGGGUCUAAGGAGCCACCAAAAGCAGGCUGCAGAGCUUCAUUCACAUGGGUACAACAUGUCGAUUGGAAGAUUCUGAUCCAAUUCGGCUCAACCAGAAAGAAAUUGUAUUCUGAUCAAGAGGGGUGGUUUAUGCCGAUCGUCAUUCCUAAAUGUGUCCAUGUAAACACUUAUCCGAUCGUGACUCUCUGACCUGACCCGAUCUCCACUCUUUAGCCUUUGGUUUAUUUAUUGAGGUCAGUACAGGAGGUUUCAUUAUGAACAAUCUGGCAUAAAACACAUCCCGGUGUAAUAUAUCUGCCCCUCCGAUAACAAUACAGUACAUACAGCGCAAUGAUGUCACAUCUGCACGCACAGUGCAACCUUUGACAAAACAGUAAAAUAAAUACGCAAGGGCGCCAUCUAGUGACAACAUUUCACAGAGGAAAAAUUUCUGAAUAGGAUGGAUUGAGCCACUACCGCAUUUGUUGGUUUGUUGACAGCAAAGAUGUAAACACAACUCUUCUGCGGUUGUUUAAGCAAAGUUAGACAACUCUGCGCAUGUCCAAAUGCUUCUAAUCUGAAUACAACUUGGUGCAUGUAUACGCACGCUAUGACCAGAUUAUUUGAUUUUGCAUCCAUAUAAACAGAGGAUUCAGAUUAUCUGAUACCUCCAAUUUUUUAUUGGAUCAAGAAAUUUUACACAUGUAAACGUGGCUAUUGAAAUGUUAACAACAUGACUGUCUAUGUAGACUGCUAUCUUUCUACAUUUAUGUGUCAACAGAUGGAUGUGCUGACAUUUUUGCACUUCUGGUGCUGAAAACAACCUUGGACAUUUCCAUUCAUCCUGUUCUUACAUGUCCCCCCUCCCUACAGGUUUGCUAAGUUUCCAUGUUAUUACAUCCGCCCACCUCUUUGAAGUGAAUUUCCCUUUGUAUUUCCUGCUGCACUCUCACAUCUGCUCAUCCCUACUCUUUGCCAAAGUUUUACUCUAGAGCUUGUAAAGAUCAAUUUAACAGUUACAAACCAGGGUUUGAUAAUAUUCUGUUGUGAUGAUAGAAUAAUGCAUUUUAAUUGCCUCGAACAAAAAUAUGUCACGUCCUGAAGUCUAAACCACAGCAAUGUAAUUUUCUAUUUCAUUAACCAAUUUAAAAUCCAUCUGAAACAUAUCUCUGCCAAGGAUAACCAUGUUUAUUAGAUUGUCAUCUGCAUAGAAUAACAAUGCGUUUUAUUAUUAAAUGUCAGGGCUGGGUAAUUAAACUGAUUUUAAUUUCAGUUAUGAUUUUACUCCCCACAAAAAUUAAAAUAUGAUUAUCAAGACUGACAAUUACUGUGCAGCCUGCUCUGUUGCACUGUUUUAUUAUUUAAGGUAAAUGAACCCUUCUCCUCUAACAGCUCUUAGUUUCACUUCAUCAUGAAUCGAUGUGCAAUAAAGCUCGGGAACAUGAAGAAGUUGUAGAUGCGACUCAAAUCCAGCAUGGACUGCUGUACAUACAAGAUAUGCUGCAGCGUUUUAAGCAAUCAUGCAGCCACAGGUGGGGAAAGGAGAGCAGGGAGAGGGACAGAAAGUCACAUUUUUUGUUAUAUUACAAACAUAUCAGCUUUCACCUCCUCCAUCGUACUUUCAGCUACAAUCAGCAUCCCAACAAACAGAGGUGAGGGGUGGACAUUUGACAGGUUGUUGUUGUUGUUGUUGUUGACAUUUUCAUUAUUCGUUCUACUUUACCCUCUGGAGGUUCACAAACAUCCACCAACUCAAGCUUAAAAUCAUGAAAGAGGUGGGAAAAAAAAGUCCUUCAGUCGAUCAGAAACCUCAGCAACAAACAGCAGUGAGGAGCCUCAAAAAUACUUCAAAAGCUUUUUGACAAAAGUGUCUGCUUUUCAACUCUGCUCACUGCACAAAUUAAAAAUAAAAUACCAUUUGAAAAUAAAUACAUUAUUUCAGCCAUUUUCCUCUACUCAACAGAUACACACAUACAGACACACACUCACACAGACAAAAGCAUUCUCAGACACACAGCUGCUGAAUAACAUUAUAAGCCUGUCUUUUGCAGCAGUUGUCUCGAUGAAGAUGAACGGUGAUUGCUAUUUUGUGAUUAAGUGAUUACAGACCAAUUAUUGGAGACAGACAAACACGCAGACCUCAUCAAACUGUGGUCUGCUCUAAGUGGCUCUGACACGUGCGUUUGUUUCUCUGAGUGUCAGCCUGUCUGUGUUCAUAAACGUGCCAGUGUAUGUGGUGUGUGAGUGUGUCACUGUGGCGACGGGCCUUCACAGUGUGAGCUGGUGGUCUGGUUUCCACUCAUGGGGCUGUGAAAUGGUCUGAUGAAAGCUCCCACAUGGUGUCAGUGAGAGAAGUCUGAUCUCCUGUCAUGACCACAGCGCUCAAAAGCUGGGUGGAGUUCCCGGACUGACACAGACAUUUACCAGUGACAGCGCAGUUAGCAAAGACUGCAGUCAUGGGGAUGAGCUCUUCUUUAAUGGGUGACAGACAUAAAAAGGGCAAAUGAGGACGUUUUCAAUCAGAGUUAGCAGGAAAUAUAUAAAGUAGGGUUGGGCAACUGAAGAGAAAAUAACACAAAAUGACACUCAGAGCCUCUUACUGCUGUAGUGAGCCUAAUAUCAUAUCAUCAAAUAAAAAUGCAGCACCUUUUGUCUGAAUAAUCAGUGAAAAUGACACUGAACGAAAAGAAGUCAAGUGUAACUCUGAAGAAACAGUCAGUACCUUAAGUCAGGCUACGAUUAUAGCCUAGUUAGAAAAGUCAAACAGACUUCUGUUUUAAGGCUGGGUGAUAAACCGAAAAUUUACCGAUACCAAAAUUUAUAACAAUAUCAGGCAUCCUUUUGCCCAAGUCAAUAUAUCUGGUGUCAAAUAAGUAAAUAAAUAAAGUUGGUUUUGGAUGUGUGUAGGUAGGCUACAGUCUCAUGUCCCUUUAACACACUGUCCUAUGUCAAAGACGUGACUCCACCCCAUCCAGUCUGUAACAAAGAGGGAAAGACAGGUGAGGAGAGGAGAAAAGUUGUAGCAGCUGGAGUGGUGGUGGAGGGAGAAAGUUAAUUCAUCAUUAUUCAUCAUUUAAUUUUCUGAAAGUUAAUAUGGGAGGGGGUGAGCAGCUUGUGGAGUAGUUAACGUCCAUUUAUUGUUAUCGAAGUGAACUUCUCAAUAUAUUGUAAUAUUGAUAUGUGGCCAUAUCGCCCAGCUCUAUUCUAUCUGCA